CUAGCUCUCUUCCGGUCUCUAUUUCCCUCCCCAUCACCCCCUGCGCCAUCUCGCUUCUCUCUUUCCCUACGCCGCCAUCGGGGCGACUGGUUGAUAGUGCCUGGCUAUGUCAUCCCACAAGACAUUCAAGAUCAAGCGGUUCCUCGCUAAGAAGCAGAAACAGAACCGGCCCAUCCCACAAUGGAUCCGCAUGAAAACUGGCAAUAAAAUCAGGUACAAUUCCAAAAGGAGACACUGGAGGAGGACCAAGCUGGGCCUGUAAAGAGAAGCAGCUUCAACCCCACUGACACAUCUUUAUCUCAUGUCAAGCUCUUGAGCACUAGAAUGGCCUCUUCCUACCAAUCUGCCACAGCUCUGUUUUCAGGGCUAGAAUCUUGUCAUGUGUCAUACAGUGUUUUGUUUUCCUUUCCUAAAACUUGUUUUCACAAGGACUUUCUGAAAGAAUUAAAAACUAAAUAAUGGAGA